AUGGCUAGGGUCACACAGCCUGCAGAAGGGGAGAUCCCCUGGCACAUGUGGUGGCCAGUCAAGGACCAACGCGGGAGACGAAAUAAGGCAUUUUCCGCUUUUGGUCUUGGGCCUUUUGGUGACCUCCCACGAGCUGAGCAUGUACCGACGCACACCGUACGCUCUGCCUCAAGCGCCUGA